CAUCCUUUCACUCUUCAUCUAUUGCCCCAGCAUCUUCUUCCUGAGGUCUAUCGGAUUCGAAAUAAUUCCACUGCUAACCAUUUGGUGAAGAUCAUUCCCAUUCCUGAAGAUUGACAUUUUGUGGAAAGGUAUUGCACACUUAUUGGAUUUGAUAUUUGGUUGCUGACAUUUGAACGUUCUUCUUCUCUUCAAAUCAAGAAUAGAUCUACGAUGAAACGUGGUUUUCGGUAUCUUUUUAAUCAGGAAAAAUCAAAUAACAAAGAUAGCAGUGGUAAUGAUGAUAUGGAAGUGGAGCAAAAACGUGGAUUUUUUCAGAAAUUCUUCCGUCCAACAAGUUCACUAAGUGGUGGUGAAGGGACAAGUACAGAUCCGGAAAGAAGGCCAUUGUUACAUGAUGAUGAUGGAUAUGCCGUAAUUGAUAGACUACAGCAUGAAUUUGUUGACAAGGAAAAACGUGAAAUGUCAGCACCAGUAUCACCGAAAAGUGUCACAUUUGAGGAUGAAUUAUUAUUCACGACAAAACCGGAUCGUCGUGGUCAAAGUUUAGCACCACCUCCAACAUUUUUAACCGAUUCAACAGAAACAAUUACACCUACACAACAAGCAUUCAUCAAUUUUAAUUAUGAUGUAUCACAGAGUUCGGGCGUAAAUUCUAGGCAUAAUUCAUCAAUUCGUUCAAGUCGUGAUGCAUCAUUAGCUUUGGAUGAAGCUACUCAUGAUUUAUUACGUCUUUCUUCACAAUCACCAUCAAUUUGGUAUAGCAGUAGUUCAUCACGUUCAGUACAUGCUGCAGAUCGUAUCCCAAAAUCAGCAUCUACCACAUCAAUGAAUAGAGUUAUUAAAACAAAGGAUGGUGAAAUGGUAAAGUUGUUAAAUACAUUUCCAUGUGAUACUAAUCGAUUAAAUGAUCAUGUUCCUAGUGAUAAAUUAACAUAUGUAGAUGAUGAAGGACGGCAACAUCAAACAGUUACUGUUUAUACUAAUCAAAAAAGACAAGGACCACCGAUAGUUCGAACAACAGUGGAAGGAAAAUUAAAAAUGGAAAAAGUUGUUGGGGCAGAUCUUAUAUCCGUUGAACAUUGUACGUGUAGUGCGUGGACGAUACGUGAUAUUAUUACCCAUUAUAAAGUAAAAACUACACUAGGAAAUCGUAUGUUAAUCAUGGAAGAAUCGUUAGAAGAUGAAAAUCGUUUGGGAGAUUAUAAAAUGAGUCUUUAUGAAGAUGGACAAUUAAAAACACGAAAUGUUGCUGAUUUUCAAAUACCAUCAAAUAUGGAUAAAGCAAAAUAUCUAUCAUUGCUUAGUCAACGAUUAUUGCAAGAUAUGGAAACAUUGAAUAAACAUGAAGAACGAAAAACAACAACACGAGUUGAAGUAGAAGUAAUUGAGAAUGUGACAAAAAUAUUGAAAACAUAUAUUAUUGGAGAGCGUAAUGAUUUACUUCAAGAUCUCUCGGUCGAUCAAGGAGCAAUUGAUGCAACGGAUGAAUUCUUGCAUAGUAAUUAUCAGCAUAAAAUAUUGGCAUCAUCAAAUGAUCAUGUGGAUGUAUUAAAAAAUGAAACUGAUAUUAAAUUUCUCUUAGAAGGUCAUCAUUAUGAAGAUCAUUUUCAAAUACGACCCAAUCAGAAAGCUGCUUCAGAAGCAACAACAACAUCUGAGAGUAAUACAGAGAGAUAUGUACCAUUACCUUGUAUUUACAUUAAUGUAGAAUGUACGUUGAAACGUAUGGAAGAUCAUUCAUUCAAUGAGGUUAAUGUUGCAGUACCAAGCGUUUUCUCUGUUGUAUUAUCACUGAUACGUGAACGUAUCCGUUCACAAUUACCAAAUCUUAUUAGCUAUGGUAUGGAGCAACAUGGGAAACAGUAUUCCGGUGAAACAACAAUCCGACGUUUGCAUCAUUUUGAAUCCACCGAUUCAACUGAUGAAUUACAGACGACAAUAAUUCACAAUCAAAAAGAACCAAGUUUCUUAUUUGAGAAACCUCAGAUAAUUGAACCGGUAAAAAUUCCUGUAUUAAAUAUUACAGAAUUAGAUCUGCGACGAAUGGCUGAUACAUCUGCAAUUUUGGCAAAUUUUGCAAUACCACGUACUGUUCAAAAUCAAUUGGAUAUUGAACAUCGUUAUGAAUUUCAUGAAGCUCGAGGUGGCAAUUAUGGUAUGCAACAGAAAGGACAACAUUUUGAAGGUGAAAUGAUUCUCAAAAAGAAACGACGAAUUUCACUGGAAUCAGAAUCAGCUUCAGAAGAGGAAGUUAAUUGUGGACAAACAUAUUUAAAUUUAAUGAAACAAGAAGCUCGUGGAGAAUUUGAAGUUGUAAUAGUUAUUUCAAAUGAUCAGCGUAGCUCUCCAAAGCAUUUUCAAGAAACUCAACCCAAUGAAAUUGUCAAUCUAAUCGCACAGAUUAGCACAGAUGGUAAAAAGGAAGAGGUAGUUGUUACGCUUGCAACUAAAAUUACUGAUAAGGAAGUAUAUGUGGCACAAGAGAUGAGUACUGUAAUUAGCAAUGCAAUGAUAACAAUGCAGAAAAUGGUACAUUUGGAUGAUAUUUUUCAACAAAUUGUUCGAAAUUGGAAUGACAAAACAGUUGAACGAACAGAUGCUAAAUUUUGGACAUCCAUUGAGGAAGAAGUGCAAGUUUUAUUGACAUUUGUAUCAUCUAUAGAUGCAUGUCAAGAAGCAUACUGCAUUCGUGCAAUACCAUAUAUGUUACAUGCAUCAUUCACCGGUGAAUCGUUCUAUGCAGAAGAUGAAACAGUGGUAAUUUACAUGCAAAAUAAACUAGCCACCGAAAUGAUGAUGUCUUCUGAUGAUGUACGUCAAAUUCCACGAUUCUCUGGUGGACAUACACUAAAAACAAAGGCUACUACGGAAGAAACAAGUAUGAUUAUGUUAAGUAUAGGAUAUAUUGGUAAAUACUCAAAUGCGCUUAUGGUGGAAUAUAUCGUGCAAGAUGUUUGCAAGCAGAAAACGCAACUUUACUCACGAGCUAGUCGUGAGAGUGAACAUGUUUCAAAUGUAUCAUUGAAUCGUGGCGCAAAAAUGCUAGCUGCAAGUACACGAUUAUCAACAUGUAUGAAGCAAAAAGAACAGAUGACAAUUACUGAAUUUGGUGAUGAAAAGGAAAAUGUUGCUAUAUUGUUACAACGUGCAGGUAUUAUGCAUGGUCAGGUGCAAAAUGAAUGGCCCGAAGCAGUAACAGGUAGGUUAAAUACCACUAUUACUACUACUAUUACAAUUACUACUACCACUAUCACUACUACCAAUACUUUUAAUAUCUUUAAUACUAUCACCGACUCUUUCGGUGCUAUCACAAACACUGAUUUCUUUUUAAGCACUGAUUUAACAAACACAAAUACAACAACUAAACAUUUCCACUUAUUUAAUUUCAAAACUAUUUUACCAACACAUAAUAUGGUACAAAGAAUUAUUCCGUUCAUUGAUACCAUUACCGUUUCCAUAUAUCUUUCCAUAGAGAAACAACAGAUUCCAGAAAAUUCUGAAAUUAGGAUUAUACCGGAAUUGUGUAAUAUUGAUGAGAUUAAGCAACAAAUAAAUGAGAAAGAGGAAACUACUUUACAAAUGCUCACUAAAACAACGAGUAUACCAGUGACGAAGAUAGAAGGCGUAAAUGAUAUGCCUAAAAUGUCGCCUGAAGAUAAGCUUCGAAUUAAGCAGGAGCGAAUGAUACCUAUUAAACAGAUUCCAGGGGUGGAUUCAAGUAAUAUAAAUAGCUGGAAAGAGCAAUUCAUUGAUGAACAAGAAGAACGAAUCACUAAAAUUGAUUCCGACCGAACGUUAAUUGAUUAUCCAUUCAGAAAUGCAGAAUACGUAAAUGAUAAUCGUAAAAUGACGGAAAUUUUCGGGGAAUCAAGUUCAUAUUUACAAAAUGCAUUACACAAUGUAAGCCAAUGGGUGGAACAAACGUCACAAUUUAAUGAGGUACGUGAAGAAUCUGCAACUUCCUGGAAUGCGAUUGAUAGAAGUUAUAAGCAACAAGCUGAAUAUCAACAAAAAAAUAAACGGAUGUAUUUGCAAGAAUCCCAAUACGAUGAACAACCAGAAUUGCAUACUUUUCCUCGAGUAAAAAAUUCAAAAAGAAGAUGUAUAAAAGCACGAUUUGAAGAGAAUAAAUUCGAAAAGGAAGCAUUGAAAGGAAAACUAUAUAAUAGUAAAAGUGAAACACGUGUAACGAUGUUGAAUGCAGGCUUUGAUCUUGAUACAACACUACUUGCGACACCAGAAAUGGAAACUCAAUUAACAUUCGCAAAAGAUCGUGACAUGAUGACGACGACGACGACGAGUGAAUAUUUCUCUGAUGAACGAAGUUGGAAUGCUACCACAGAACCAUAUUGUAAACAACGAAAGACUCAUGCAGAAUAUGUAUCUAAAUCAUCCAGUGAUUUAGUUGAAACUUCAUUGGAAGAGAAUUCUGAAACAUUCGAUGAAAUAAGCCAUAUUUCAGAUAUUGCACACAACCGGAAUAUAAAACAUUCCGAAAUAGUAGAUUUCGAAAAAACCAGUUUACAGAUGACUCGUUCUUUGAUCAACAGUCUUGAUGCAUCUACAUUAAAAGAAUUUCUUGUAACAACAGAGGAUGAAUUCAGUAUUGUUCCGGAAACAUAUAAUUGUGAUGUUAUGGUUGGAAAAUCGGAACAGUAUGAAGCAUCUUCAUUUGCAUUCUCAACCGGAUAUCAUGAACAAAUACAACCAAAACAUGCUGUAGAGGAAGAAGUGGAAAGUUUAGUUGUUAAGAAGAAGGAAGAAGGAGAUUCAAAAAUCGAUGAAGCCAGAGAAAAGUAUCGUGGACUGAUGUCAUUUCGGGAAAUAACUGUAAGCCAUGUUCAAGAUCAGGUCCCAUCAUUAGGUAUCGAGUGCCAAAAUGAAAUAUUUCAACAAACAACUAAUAGUAUGACAGAAACUAUGAAAACCAUUAAGCACAAGUUGCCAGAACCAGAAUCAAAAAUAUCUAACGAAUAUUUAAGCCUAAGCACAGGAACAGCAGCAGAAAUAUACAAGGAAAAAGUAGAAGAUAAAAUCAGUAAAGUAGAUUACUGUCAAACAACUCCGCAAGUUGUCUCCUUUUCACCGGAAGUAAUUAGCAAAGUAUCAAUUCUGGAACAUGAAAUAAGUCAAACUGAUACUUUCGAUAAAAUCACACGAUCAAAUAAGCAAGCAUGGAGUGAAAAGGCACCAAUAAGUCAUGACUUACAGAUGUCAACAAAGAAAAGGUUUGAAGAGAUUAACGAUCAGAUUAGUUAUGAAGAAAGAAACACUCGAUAUGAUGCUAUUGUGCACUUUCCACCUAAACCAAUGAAAAAAUCACUUUUGGAAGAGAUUGUUGUAACCGAAAAAGCAUCAUUAAUUAAGCAUGAUGAAAUGGGUGCUGUAACAAAGAUACCUGAAACGAAAAUAUUGCAGCAACAGGUAGAAACGGUGAAGGAAUUUGAACAGGUAAAACAACAUAUUUUGACAGAAGCGGAAAGUAUUGAACGUCAAAUGGUAACAGUUGGUACCUACCGAGAAACGGAAUUCCUUGAAGAAAUGAAACAACUGAAGAGAGAAACUAAAGGAUUAACAAAAAUCGAACAGGAGUUAAAAUCAUGUGAAAAUGAAGAAGUAACAAAAAUAACGGAAGAACUCACUGCGCAACUGAUCGUUAUGGAACCAAUGAAAAAACCUGAAUUAUUCAAACAGGAAAAUAUGCAAGAAACCCUAUCGAUGAGUGAGGCAAAUAUCAACAGAAUGGAAAUUUGA